AUGAUAGCCCGCCCACGGGCAAAAUGGGAAGAUCCCGCGAGCCCCGUGUACCUGUCUCUGGUGUGUGUUGUUGCUGCUGCUGCUGCUGCCGCUGCUGCCGCCGCCGCCGCCGCCGCCCGCGCUGUCAGCUCUGUGUCAUGCGAGCUCCCGACUGCUCCCCCACCGCCUAAGCAGCUGAAGGGGCGCCGCACCGAAGAGGACGAGGCCAGGUCCAGAGAGCUGGAGGAGAAGAUUCUGCAAGAAAGACGCGAGCGCCAGGCAAGGCGCGAAGAACGCGCAAGAUCGAUAUCUCCCCAGAAAUCGUCACCGGCACACACUCCUCCGCCGACCCUGCACCGAAAACAAGCCUCGCAAAUUUUGGAUGGCUUGAACCUAGAAUCGUCUCCUCGCUUUGGCACUCCUGAGCACCAACAACCCCGCGUGUUCGAGAGCGACGACGGCACCACACACGCCACAAUGGCGUCCGAAGACUAUUCUUCAACCUCCCCCACCAAGGAGAACGAUUCCCCGUUCGACGCCGACCCCAAGGCCUCAAGCGGCGGCCCACACACGCGGGCGAUGUCUUGGCAGAGGCGUCCUGGAUCACAAGCCGCCGAACGGCCCAAAAGCAGGCCAUUGUCCGUCAUGGCUGCAGAGAAUGCGGCCACACGAUCGUCCGUCGGUGGUGGCCCUGACGAGACCGAUUCUACGGCCGCUCCCUCGAGAGAUCAGAUAGCACAUGCACUCUCGUCCAAAGACCCCGCCUGGUUUCGCCAGACCGCCGAUCGCGGGCAGAACUCGGCCGCCUACCGCCGCACUCAGGUUGAGGACGACACGCCGCGCAUGGACAUGUCCUCAGCCAGCGCUGAGCUUCCUGGCAUGUCGCGCCCUCAACAGCCUGUCAGCCUGCCGUCACCUACAGAGCCUACAGAAGCCUACAAGAGUUCCGCCGAUCUCAGGUCUCAGUCUGCCUCACUUUACGGCAAGGUGGGCUCUCCAAUGUCUCUCACUUCAGCCCAGAGGCUGGAUCCACCAGCCGGCGCUGAUGUGACAGGAGACGGCGAGACGUCGCCUCUUGAGCGUGUUCCUCAAAUGUCCCCAUCUCUGGGACGGACUUCACCGACUAGGCCGAUCUCGCCCACCAAGGGAAUGGGCGGCUUCGUCCAGAGCGCCAUGAUGAAGCGGACCGACAGCGUCAAGAGGUGGAGUGUCCACUCACCGACUGGUCUCCAACGAGCCGACACGAUAGCUUCCAACCGGAACAGCGUGGACAUCACUCGUAUGGGCGCCGGCCGCUCACACUCGCGAUCAGGUAGCGCCUAUCGUGGCGAGAGCAUCUCUAGGCCAACAUCAGGGCCAAACUCGAGGCCGGCAUCGAGGCCAACAUCGAGCCACGGUCCCAAGGACGAAGCCGCAGAUACCGGUCCCGUUGAGUCGGUGAUCUCACUUGCAGAGGAGGACAAGACGGAGCUGCCAAUGAGCCCAUCCAAGACGAUGGACCCGCGGCGAUGGAGCCCCACCAAGUCGUCCAGCUGGCUCGAGGCAGCGCUUAACAAGCCAGACUCACCGAAGCCGAAGCAGAGCCCUGCACCAAGCAACCACAACCAGCCUACCUGGAUGGCCGAGUUGAACAAGGUCAAGGCUCAGAAGGGCGGUGAACCCGGCAGCGAAGGCACCCGCGCGCUCUCGGCCACGCACAAACACGAGGUCAAGGUCGGUGGACUACUCCGGUCGACGCCGAUGGGAAGUGGUGUCAAGCCAACCCCACUGCCAGGCAAAAUACCAGUACACACUCCAUCGCUUUCCACAAACAGGCUCUCAGUGUCGGAUCUACGCGGCAAUCUUGCAAAGCCAUCCCCAACACUCAAUGAUGGCCAGCGAUCUUUUGGUGAUGCUCCUGAGAAGAAGAUCCUUGCUUCCACGCUUGAUACGUCGAAGCCUGAGACGCCUCCUAAAAAGGACUUCCGCGCGAGCCUCAAGCCUUUCCAACCGCCCCAAGCCAGCACCACAGGAGGGAACGCGGACGAGCUGAAGAACGUGUUUGGGACUCUCCGCAAAACCAAGACACAAAACUACGUCGCGCCGGACGAGCUGAAGGACAACAUCACACGGGGACUGGCCGGUUUGAACGCCACCGGAGGCCCCAAGCCCUCUGUCCGCAAAGACGAAUUCAAGGAUGCGAUAUUGCAGAGGAAGGCCGAGUUCCAACAGGCAAAGACGGAGGGGCGAGGAGUCACGCGUAACUUCAGCGACGCAGUCGACAAGCCGCUCCCUGAAGGCCUAGCCAAGAAGUUGGAGCUUGGACACCCAGGCUCCAUCGGUGUGAGGAAGGGCUCCAUCAUCCAAGAGAUGACUGCGGCAGCUGAGGCCAGGCCAGCCGAGCCGUCCCGGCCCGCCGACUACGCCAGGUCAGCCAGCAUGUCUACACCGUUCAAGCCGACAUCGCCUCAGUCUGGAGGUUCAUCGGCAGCGGUGCCCAAGCCUCUGGGCGGCCGUCUCGCGGACCGCUUCAACCCGGGGCUGGCCGGGCUGCUGGCUCGCGGGCCACCAGGAGCGGGUGCAGGAGGUUCCGGCAAUGCUUCCGAGCCUUCAGGUAGCCAAGGCGCAUCGGGCAGCGGUGGCUCUGCUGAACCUUCAGCCCCUGGACCACAGCUCACCCACAUGACCAAGGGACGAGCCCGAGGUCCGCCAAGAAAGGCUCCAAGCUCUGUCGCAAAGCCCGCAGGAGAGACAACGACCUCGGUGACGUCUCAGCCCAAGCUGGCGGCUGUAUCACCCACUGAAGAGCAGCCUACCCAGGUGGCUCCUACCACUGCCGCCAAGUCUCCAUCCCCAGUGGUUCAACAAGAGCGCUUCUCGAGGCCCAAGUCCUCGUACGGCACCUCGUUCAACGAGCCUGCUUCUACUUCCAAUGAAGCCUCGACGGACUCGCCGCGGCCCAAGUCUCGCUCCGCCACGUCGCCUACCAAGAACUUCCAUGAGCAGGUGGCAGCCAUGGCCCGCGGAAGGCAGGGAUUUCCGGAGCCGGCGCCAGUUAAACAAGAGGAGACAGCCGCCCCCGUGUCGCCGCACAAGAGCCUUCAUGUCAGACGCAUGUCCAAGUUCUUUGACGAGACAGCCACGAAGCCCGAGCCGGAGCAGGUCCGCCCGCUCUCGCCGUCCAAGACCGGCACUGUUCGCCGCCUUCCAGAGUUUGAGGCGCCCAAGCCGCUAUCGCCUCAAAAGACCGGCGGCCGCCAGCUGCCCGAGGGCCCCAGGUCACCUCCCAAGCAGACUCGUGAUGAACAGCCACAGCCCGUCUCGGGCAGCAACGCGCCCACUCUGAAGAGCAGGAUGUCGGGCUUCUUCGCCGCCACCGCCGCCACCGCCGCCACUGCCGCCACUGCCGCCUCUUCCGUGACGCCGACCAUCGAGUCCGGGCGCAACACGCUCCACUCGCGAUCCAGGUCGCUGGCCAGGGAGCAGAUGCAGCCGAUCCCGAUCACUGACAGGGACGGUCCCCAGUCGCCCCCGGCGCACUCACCCGUGCGGUCGCCAACCAAGGAGAUCGCGUCGACGAUCAACGAGUUCUUCGGCCGCAGCAGGCCGACGCGCGACUACAGGGUCGAUGCGGCCGGCAUCCUGACGCACCGGCCCGAGGGCAGCGGCGCCGCCAAGAUCAAGACGUUGUCGGCGCAGCUGUUCCGCGUCGGACCCGACGGCAAGAAGCAGUCCGUGCCCGCGCACCAGGAUAGGGUCCUGUUCGAAGCCGAGAUGUACCUGUGCGUGCACUCGUUCGCCCACGCCGACUCGGGCCGCCAGAACGUCGAGGUCUACUUCUGGGCCGGCGACGAGGUGUCCCCUUCGGCCGUCGAGGACGCCCAGCUCUUUGCGGGCCGCGAGGCGCGCGCCGCGGGCGGCCGGCUCAUCAGGCUGUCCCAGGGCAGGGAGACGGCCGAGUUCCUGCAGGCGCUCGGCGGCAUCGUCACGGUGCGUCGCGGCUCGGGCGCAAAGUACGACCAGCUGGCGCCCAGCAUGCUCUGCGGGCGGCACCACCUGGGCCAGGUGACCUUUGACGAGGUGGACCUGUCCCCCCACAGCCUGUGCUCGGGCUUCGUCUACCUCGUCACCAAGAACGGCCAGUGCCACAUGUGGAAGGGCAAGGGCAGCGACGUCGAGGAGCUGGGGUGCGCGCGCCUGGUCGGCAUGGAGCUCGCGCUCAUGGGCGAGCUCGUCGAGGUCGACGACGGCGCCGAGACGGACGAGUUCUGGGCCCUGUUCGGCGGCGCGGCCGACGGCGCCGCCAGGGCCGUGUCGGCGGACCACUGGAGGCUCAAGCCCAACUACCCCAAGUAUAGCGCGAGGCUGUUCAGGUCGGACGCUGAGGAUAGGCAGCAGAUUGCCGAAAUCUGGCCCUUCAACCAGGCCGACCUAGACCCGGCCGGCAUCUACAUCCUGGACGCCUUCUUCGAGAUGUACAUCGUCGUCGGCUACGGCGCGCAGCCGCAGUACGCCUCGUUCCGCAACGCGCUCGACUUUGCGCAGGAGUACGCCAUCCUGGCAUCGUCCAUGGAGGACCGGCCCUUUGUGCCCAUCUCGACGGUCGUGCUCGAGGGCAUCCCGCGCGACCUCAAGAGCGUCUUCCGCAAGUGGCGCGACGCCGCCAGCCCCACGCGCAUGAACGCCGGAGCCACCAUCAGCAGGGGCGCGUCGCCCGUCGGCGGCCUGACGGCCAAUGGCGCCGGCGGCAGCACCAGCCCCGGCCUCAAGAGGGCUAGGAGCCUGAGGAUCGUGCCGCUCAACCAGGCACUGCUAGCGCUUGCCGAGUAA